AGUACCCUUUUUUUUCUUGCUUUGAGCCUCAGCUUCGAGUCCCUUGGAGAUCUUUGGGACGAAUGGGAGAUCCACUGCUUGAUACUUCUAAGCUUUGGACUACAAGUCUUUCUCUUCUUCGCGUCUGGCCUACGGAGGCACAAUGAAUCACGCACCCUUAGGUUACUCCUAUGGCUGGCCUACUUGUCUGCCGACGCUGUGGCCAUUUUUGUCCUCGGGCAUCUUGCACUCCAUGCCAAUGGAGCACACCACCAGCUCCUUUUCUUUUGGGCACCGUUUGUGCUCCUCCACUUAGGUGGGCAGGAUACCAUGACUGCCUUCUCCAUGCAGGACAAUGAGCUAUGGACACGCCACCUGCUGGGAUUGCUCACCCAAGUAGCUGCAGCUGUCUAUGUCGUCUCCAAGAUAUCUUGGCCGGAUAGGCGGCUCCGGGCAGCCAUGCUGCUCAUGUUCUCCUCUGGUUGCUUCAAGUAUGUUGAGCGUACCUGGUGCCUUUACAAAGCCAGCCCAACAAGUUUAAGGGAAUCUUCGUUGGCUUUCUUGCGCACAAUCGUCGGGAGUUUGGCUAGUCGAGGGGGUCGUUACAGAAAGGGAUAUAUAUUGGAUGAAAGAUUUAGUGACAUGCUUGAUGAUGGGAGGCUGAAGUAUGCUCAUGCAUUUGAGCAGGCCUCCUCUAGUGCGAUUACCCUAGUAUCAGAUACUCCAAUCAAUGACACACUUAGUGUUGAAGCUUCACAAGGCCUCGUCGUUCAGAAACUCCAAACAUUGAAAUCCAACAAGGACCGAUACAGGGUCUACAAUUACAUCAAUACACGACUCAUCCUCGUUUACGAACGCCUCUACACCAAGGCCCUAGUUCGUCUUAUUUCUAUGCAGAGACUCGACAUGACCGACAUUUUCGGUAGUUGCGAAGCUCUUGCGGAGUGCAAUUUUUGUUUUUGCUAUUUUCUUAUAUGUAACAUUCUCCUUUGGAUUGCUUUCUUAGUUUACGCCUUGAUCUUUCUCUUCCCAUUCCUUUCAACCUUGGUAGCGCUGAUGCUCUUCAAGGUUGUUGAAAAGGGUGAACUCUAUAGCCGAGCUGAUGUGACCGUGUCCUACAUCUUGCUCAUAGGGGCCUUAGUCUUGGAGGUGGCAUCCCUCUUCAUCUCCAUUCAAUCUUAUGUAUCCGGCAUGCAUGCAAUUCACCGUGCAACCAAACAAUGGUCUGAAAUGCUAGGUCAAUACAACAUGAUCAAAAGUUUCGACAGAGUGCACGAAAACAAUGGUCCAAAAGGCAUCACGUCAUUUGUGCCCCGAUGGAUUGGCAAACAUAUAGAUGACAAGACAUCACACAUUUCCAUUUCGGAAGAUCUCAAGAAAUUUGUCCUUGACAAAUUGUUAGACUUUGGAACUAGGGAAGAAGACUGGAACUUUGCUAGCAUGCGUGGUCAGUUGGCACUUCGGAAUUGGACUACUAGUCAUGAAGAUUCAGGUAUUGUAAGGUCGGACUCUAAUUUGCAUCAGAGCAUCAAUGAUGUGGAUUUCCCAACAAGUGUGUUGAUCUGGCAUAAAGCAACCGACAUGUUAUACUACCAAGAAGACAUAAACAACAUUUCUGAUCACAAAAUGAAGAAGAUGAGCAGAGAGCUAUCAAAUUAUAUCAUGUAUCUUGUCUUCAAGUGUGGUGCGAUGCUUACAACCAACACGGAGUUGAAACACAACAUAACUCGUGAGAGUAUAGAACGUAUUUUCGGAGUGCGUAAUUCUAUACUUGAAAAGGAAGCUGUCAUGUUGGUGUUUGAAUUUCACCAAGGAUUACAUCGUCGUUCUUACGGUGCCAGCCACGGAGAUAGCCAACCGGAAGCUCAAAUGCAGCUUUUGGAGAACACAAUGAAAAGUGUGUUGCCUCGUGCAUAUGGCGUGGCCCAGGAGCUCAUUGACAUCCAUAAAGAAGCUGCCUGUUGGGACCUUGUUGCUGCGGUGUGGGUGGAGAUACUUUACUAUAUCGCACCCCGUUGCGGAGGUGCUUUCCACUCCCAGCAUCUUGCCAGUGGUGGGGAGUUUAUUACACAUGUACUCCUCCUCAUGCAACUAUUAGGCCCUUUCCUACCCCCUCCAAGUUCAUAGCUUUUAUGUCAAAAUGAUUAUUACAUAUGUAUCUCAUAAGUUGUCAAAUUUCAUGUAGAUUUUUUACAACGGAAAAGAUGCAGAAUAAUAAAUGUAUGAAUUUGUAAACCAUGUGAUGAUUGAAAAGAUAGGAAACAUGAUACCAUUGAUCCGGAUUACGGAUUUUAGUACUUGAAUCUUGUUUCCUAGAGAUCUAGGUUUACUGAAUCCACGUGAAGAUUGCUUUUAAUGUAAGAUCACUCGAACACGGCUUUUCGUUUCUAACAUAUAACCCUUAUUCAUUUGAAAGAGAGGGGGUAUCAAAUAAUCAGGGGAUACACGUUCGAAUCUACAUCUGCGCUUGGUCCUGCUCCUCUCCUAAAUAG